GGCGUGCUAUUUCAGGCAAAUACAUUUUUUCCCGGUUUGCUGAACGAUUGGAUUCGGUAUGGAUCAUUACGACUUUGCCAUCUGAUCAUUAGGAUUGUAAUUUCUCAUUGACAACAGGGUUUGAUUGUUUAACGAUGGGAGACGGAGGACAAAGGCGCAGAUGGGAGUACUGGUGUGUUGCUCUGCGUUUCUCUUUGCUGCUGUGCUUCGUGGAGCAGGUUUCGGCUCAGAUAAGGUACUCUAUUCCAGAGGAGGUGAAAGAGGGAUCCGUUGUUGGAAAUGUUGCUAAGGAUUUGGGUCUUGACGUCAGUACUUUGUUGGAGAGGCGGUUUCGUAUCGUUUCUGGAUCUAAGGACGCUCUUUUCCAGGUUAAUCAGAACAAUGGCGUCUUGUAUGUUCAUAAGAAUGUCGACAGAGAGGAGCUCUGUGAUGGCAACAGCGCUUGUUUAAUAAACCUGAAAAUCGUUGUUGAAAACCCUUUAGAAAUCCAUUAUGUAGGUGUAGAAGUAACUGAUGUGAAUGACAAUUCUCCCAGUUUUCCAGAGAAGGAGCAGCAAUUUGAUAUAGCCGAGCACACCUCUGUGGGGACGCGCUUCCAAAUACAUGCAGCGCGUGACCCUGACGUCGGAAAAAAUUCUAUUUGGGCUUACAAAGUAACAUCAAAUGAUCAUUUUGAAAUCGAUGUAAGACAAAGCGACGAGGACAAAAUACCAUUUUUAGUUUUAAAGAAGUCACUGGACAGGGAAAAACAAAUGAAACACACGCUUCUCCUAACAGCGCUUGAUGGAGGUAAUCCUCAAAGAUCAGGCACGCUAAAUGUUACAAUUGUUGUUCUAGAUAGUAAUGAUAACCGUCCCGUCUUUAGUCAGGAUACAUAUAAUGUUAGGAUACAAGAAAACGUUGGAGUUGGUACAGUUGUUAUUACAGUAAAUGCAACUGAUGCAGAUGAAGGAAGUAAUAGUGAGGUUGAGUUCAGCCUGGGUAAAACCUUAAGGAGAAAAGUCUAUGAUAUGUUUGAACUGGAUAGGCUAACUGGAGACAUUAGAGUUAAAGGUGAGGUGGACUUCGAGGACACAGAGGUGUAUAAACUAGAUGUUCAGGCCUCGGACAAAGGACAACCUCCACUGACUGUGGAAUGUAGAGUGAUCAUAAAGAUAAUCGAUAUUAAUGACAAUGAGCCAGAUAUAGAGGUGACAUCACUGUCUAAUUUAGUUUCUGAAGAUUCCAAACCAGGAACUGUUAUUUCUCUCAUCAGUGUCAGUGAUAAAGACUCCGGUAUCAAUGGAAAAGUGUUGUGUAGUCUGUUAGGAGAUGUACCCUUUGAGUUAAAACCUUCCUUUCAGGAUAAUAUGUACUCUUUAGUGACCAAACAACGACUAGACAGAGAGUUUGUGUCCCAUUAUGACAUCACUAUAACAGCCACUGACUGUGGUCAGCCUCCUCUGUCCACAUUCAACAUUCUGAGCAUCCAGAUAUCAGAUGUGAACGAUAACAGUCCAGAAUUCUCUCAAAACCCUCUUGAGCUGUACUUAGUGGAAAAUAACGCCCCCGGUGCCUCCAUAUUCUCUGUAAUCGCUUCUGAUAAAGACUUAAAUGAAAAUGCUGCUAUUUCAUAUCACACAAUUAGAGGAGAAGGGACACAGAUCGAUAUGACAUCGUUCCUGAAUAUCAAUUCUGAUGAUGGACUCGUUUCUGCUCUAAAAAGCUUUGACUUUGAAACCCUCAAAACAUUCCAAUUCCAAGUUGUAGCUACAGACUCUGGAACUCCGUCACUAAGCAGCAACGUCACAAUAAACGUGUUCAUUCUGGAUCAGAACGACAACGCUCCAGUGAUCUUGUAUCCAGUCAGCGCUAACGGUUCUACUGAAGGUGUGGAGGAGAUUCCCCACAAUGUGAACGCAGGCCAUUUGGUGACUAAAGUGAGAGCCUAUGACGCUGAUAUAGGAUAUAACGGCUGGUUAUUAUUUUCACUGCAGGAAGUUACUGACCACAGUCUCUUUGCUUUGGACCGUUAUACAGGACAGAUAAGGACACUUCGGUCGUUCACAGAGACAGACGAGGCUGAGCAUAAACUGGUCAUACUGGUAAAAGACAAUGGGAACGUUUCACUCUCAGCAACAGGUACUGUGAUUAUCAACGUUGUGGAGCCCAAAGAGGCUUUUGCAGCUUCUGAUGUUAAAAGCGCAGUAAAAGACGAGGAGGAGAACAGCGUUACAUUUUAUUUGAUCAUAACUUUGGGGUCAGUUUCAGCACUUUUUAUCAUCAGUAUCAUCGUGUUGAUUGUAAUGCAGUGCUCCAAAGCCCCAGACGAUUCCUCCAAGUAUUUACAAGAUGUGAAUUACGACGGGACACUGUGCCACAGCAUCCAGUACCGAUCCGGAGACAAACGGUACAUGUUAGUUGGACCCAGAAUGAGUAUAGGUUCUACUAUAGUCCCGGGCAGCAAUGGGAAUACUCUAGUGCUACCCGACCACAGGAGAAGUGCGUCUGGAGAGGUGAGCUAUGUGCAUGCAUAA